AUGGGAUCCUUAUCAUUCCAAGCUUCAAAUGCUAUUAUUUAUGUCACAUAUGGUAUUCUUUUAAUAUCAGGAACUGCUAUAGGUUGGUACUGUCGUGAUAAAAAAACUUUCUUAUCAUCAAAUGGUACUCAAAAGGGUAUCCCAUUAGCUUUCAAUUUCGUUGCUUCAGGUAUUGGUUGUGGUAUUCUUUCAACAUAUCCACAAGUUGCAAAUACAGCUGGUCUUCAAGGUUUAUUGGUCUAUGCCCUUGCAGGUGGUCUACCAAUGUUGUUGUUUUCAUUAUUGGGGCCAAAGAUUCGUAAAGAAUGUCCUCAUGGGUUUGUUUUAACUGAAUGGGUUUUCCAAAGAUUUGGUAAAAUUGCAGGGUUAUAUCUUUCAGCUUGUACUAUCCUAACAUUAUUUUUGUUUAUGGUUUCUGAAAUUUCAAGUAUUCAAUAUGCUGUCAACACAUUAACCGGAUUGAAUGCCCUGCCUGUUGUUAUCGUGGAAUGUGUCGUUACUAGUGUUUACACUGCUAUUGGUGGGUUUAAAGUUAGUUUCAUCACUGAUAACAUUCAAAUUGCAGUUGUUUUCAUCUUGAUUAUUGUCAUCUCAUGUGCCAUGGGUUCUUAUGUUGAUAUCGAUACUAAACGUAUCCCAGAAUCUGGUUUACUAAAGGAUUCAAAAUUAGGUUGGCAAUUAAUUUAUAUUCUUGUCGUUGCCAUUUUCACUAAUGAUUUAUUCAUGUCAGGUUUCUGGUUAAGAACUUUUGCCUCACGCUCUGAUAAAGAUUUAUGGAUUGGUACUUCAAUUGCUGCAUUCUUAAUGGCUGCUAUUGUCACAGUUGUUGGUGUUACUGGGUUGAUUGCGGUUUGGGCUGGUUUAGUCCCAGUUGGUAGUGAAAGUUCAGCCGCUUCAUUCUUCAUUCUUUUGGCAGAAUUACCAUCCUGGGUUAUGGGAUUUGUUUUAGUUUUCACUGUGGUGUUGUCAACAUGUACUUUGGACUCUUUACAAAGUGCCAUGGCCUCCACUAUCUCGAAUGAUAUUUUCCGUAACAAAAUACCAGUCAUCUAUGUUCGUAUUAUUGUUGUUCUUAUUAUCAUUCCAGUUGUUGUUGUUGGUUUGAAAGUUGCAAGUGAUGUCUUGCAAAUUUAUUUCAUUGCGGAUUUGUUAUCUGCUGCUGUCAUUCCAAUCAUUAUCAUGGGUCUUUCAAGUCAUAUGUGGUUUAUCACAGGCUGGGAAGUUGUUGGUGGUGGUCUAGGUGGGUUAUUAACCGUUUUCAUAUUCGGUACAAUCUACUACGGUACUGCUAAAGAAGGUGGUAAAUUGUUAUUAGUUUGGAAUGGUAUCUAUGGUGGUGAUUGGUCAGCUUUUGGUGCUUUUGUUGCAGCUCCAGUCGGUUCAGUCAUUGCUGCUGCCAUCAUUUUAGCACUCAGGGUUUCUAUUUUGAAAAUUCAUUCCAUUUCAACUGGUAAACCAUUCACAGCUUUAACAAAACCUGACCACCCUCCGAGAAUGGCUGAACCAGCUGCUAAAGGUUAUGAAGAUGACGAAGAUUUACAAGACAUUCAAGAGUCCAUUGAUGUCACCUCUAAGAACACUAAAAGUGUAUGAAUCCACACAAUAUCUUUGAUCAUUUCAGAGCGUUGUUCCAGUACUAUAUAGUUACGUUU